UAGUUCGAAGUCAACAACACACAAAUUCAACAUGUACACAGUCGCCAUCUAUCUCUUUUAAGAGAAAUGACCGUAGGCAACAGUCACACGGAGAAUUAAGCAUGCCUCGUUCAGCUGCCAAGUCACAGGCCGAAAAGAGCCGCACUGAUUCUGGUCCAGUUAGUGCCGGUCCACCCCCGCCCCUGGUCCAGUCUGUUGAGGCUGUAGACAUUGUCCCGGGCCGCCUUACUGAAUCUGCCUGGAACAGCAUGCUCAAACAGGAGGAGGGUGAGGAGAUAGUGGCGGACAUUAUAGCAGAACUGAUGGAAGUUGUGAUGGACAGAUGCUAUCAGGUGUAUCUACAGAGACAGUUGAUACCAUUCUCAGUGUGGUGGGCACAGAAUAACCUGGUGCAGACGAUUGAAUGUCUUUUCCUGGGGAGAGAUGAGGGGGAUGAUCCAGAAUGUGAACGCUAUUGGCAAGAGGACUCAGAACCUCAGCCUUGUGCUAUUGAUUCUUGGGCUGAGGGAUGUGUGCCAGUGGUACAUCAGAAAUUAGCUCAGAAAUAGCACAAAACGUUAUUGCAGGUAAGAAAAGGUGGGGCAUUGGCACGAACCUAUUAUAUCUUAGGUUCACAUGAUAUCCAAAACAGCCUGAAAUGAAAUGCCUAUUGAACAUAGUUAGUUCCUUCACAAAUUAUUUUUUUUUAUUUUUUAUUUUUUAUUUACUCUCAUGUCAUUCCAAACCCAAAUGACUUUCAUUCUUCCAUGUAACACAAGAAGAGAUGUUAUGUAGAAUGUUAGAGACUGACAGCCUCAUCCAACUUUUAAAGGAAUAAUUCACCCAAAAAUGAAAAUUCUCUCAUCAUGUACUCACCCUCAUGCCAUCCCGGACGUGUAUGGCUUUCUUUCUUCAGCAGAACACAAAUGAAGAUUUCUAGAAGAAUAUCUCAGCUCUUUUGGUUCAUACAAUGCAAGCGAAUUGGUGCCAAUAUUUUGAAGCUCCAAAUAUCACGAGUCAGCAUAAAAGUAAUCCAUAUGACUCCAGUGUGGGUGAGAAACAGAUAAAUAUUUAAGUCCAUUUUUACUAUAAAUACUCCUCCCUGCUCAGUCAAUCUCCACUUCAACUUUCACAUUCUUCUUCUUGUGUUUUUGGUGAUUCACAUUCUUCAUGCAUGCAACCCCUACUGGGCAGGGAGAAGAAUUUCUAUCAAAAAUAUGUAAAAACAUGUAAUACUGGUUCUGAAGACAUUUAUUUAACCACUGGAGUAUGGAUUACUAGCAUUUAUGUGCUUUUUGGAGCGUCAACAUUUUGGCAUCCAUUCACUUGCAUUGUGAGGACCUACAUUGUUGAGAUAUUCUUUUAAAAAUCUUAAUUUUAAUAAAAGUCAUACACAUCUGGGAAGGCACGAGGGUGAGUAAAUGAUGAGAGCAUUUUCAUUUUUGGGUGAACUAUUCCUUUAAGGUUUGCUAUGUCUAACAUGAAAUCCUGUAUCAUUUUCCUGCUAGAGAGAUAUUGUACAUUUUUAAAACUGCUUACUGAUUUGUAAAAUUGUCAUUUGUUAACCUUGACUAUAGGUUAUAUAUAGGACUAUAUAAAUAUAUAUGUUUGUUUUUACAUUUGUCUACCAACAGUGUAUGUACAUGCAUCACUGGAGAUGUCUGUCAUUUUUUCAUAAAGUUCUGUAUUGUGUGUAAUAGAUUUCUGUGUUGCAAAUGACAUUUUUAAUGUUUUAGAAAAAAAUGCCUUACUCCCUUGUCUUGUUCUGCUAACAUUUUAUGUAUCAUACAUACAGACAGUUAUAUAAUAUUUCCCCCUUUUUAAAUAAUUCGGCAAAAUUACAGCUUUAUUGGAAAUGACGCCCAAUAAAAAUAUUCUGCUCUCAAGU